GAAAAGUCCCAAUCGGAUACACUGUUGUUCGAAGUCAUCUUGUCAGACGUUGAUGCUGACGACAGUUCUUUUAGCGGUCGUGGUAAACACAUGAGGAUAGGUCCUGUAGGUUGGUCUCUUUCAGUUGAACACUCGGUGUAGGUUGGUCUCUUUCAGUUGAACACUCGGGAUUUCAUCAGUGAGAAGUAGAUGCGACCAGGAAACAGGUUCUAGGACAGGCGCAUGUUGGAGUGGAUUUAUUGACUGGUCACGUGAGUACCGGUAGUUUGUGUGAUGGGCUUGUUGAUAUUACAAACGUGUGUUUCUUUUAUCUAGGCGCCACUGUGUUUCUUUUAUCUAGGCGCCCUUGUGCUUCUUUUAUCUAUGCGCCCUUGUGCUUCUUUUAUCUAUGCGCCCCUUUGUUUCUUUUAUCUAUGCGCCCUGUGCUUCUUUUAUCUAUGCGCCCUGUGCUUCUUUUAUCUAGGUGCCCCUGUGUUUUUUAUCUAGGCGCCCUUGCGUUUCUUUUAACUAUGCGCCCCUGUUUCUUUUAUCUAGGCGCCCCUGUGUUUCUUUUAUCUAUGCGCCCCUGUGUUUCUUUUAUCUAUGCGCCCCUGUGCUUCUAUCUAUGCACUCCUGUGUUUCUUUUAUCUAGGCGCCCCUGUGUUUCUUUUAUCUAGUCGCCCCUGUGUUUCUUUUAUCUAGGCGCCCCUAUGUUUCUUUUAUCUAGGCGCCCCUGUUUCUUUUAUCUAGGCGCCCUUGUGUUUCUUUUAUCUAUGCGCCCCUGUUUCUUUUAUCUAGUCGCCCCUGUGUUUCUUUUAUCUAUGCGCCCUUGUGUUUCUUUUUUCUAUGCGCCCCUGUGCUUCUAUCUAUGCACUCCUGUGUUUCUUUUAUCUAGGCGCCCCUGUGUUUCUUUUAUCUAGUCGCCCCUGUGUUUCUUUUAUCUAGGCGCCCCUAUGUUUCUUUUAUCUAGGCGCCCCUGUUUCUUUUAUCUAGGCGCCCUUGUGUUUCUUUUAUCUAUGCGCCCCUGUUUCUUUUAUCUAGGCGCCCCUGUGUUUCUUUUAUCUANAGCGAACAGACCAUAGAAAAGGGAAAUUAGCCAAACAGCGAACAGACCAUAGAAAAGGGAAAUUAGCCAAACAGCGAACAGACCAUAGAAAAGGGAAAUUAGCCAAACAGCGAACAGACCAUAGAAAAGGGAAAUUAGCCAAACAGCGAACAGACCAUAGAAAAGGGAAAUUAGCCAAACAGCGAACAGACCAUAGAAAAGGGAAAUUAGCCAAACAGCGAACAGACCAUAGAAAAGGGAAAUUAGCCAAACAGCGAACAGACCAUAGAAAAGGGAAAUUAGCCAAACAGCGAACAGACCAUAGAAAAGGGAAAUUAGCCAAACAGCGAACAGACCAUAGAAAAGGGAAAUUAGCCAAACAGCGAACAGACCAUAGAAAAGGGAAAUUAGCCAAACAGCGAACAGACCAUAGAAAAGGGAAAUUAGCCAAACAGCGAACAGACCAUAGAAAAGGGAAAUUAGCCAAACAGCGAACAGACCAUAGAAAAGGGAAAUUAGCCAAACAGCGAACAGACCAUAGAAAAGGGAAAUUAGCCAAACAGCGAACAGACCAUAGAAAAGGGAAAUUAGCCAAACAGCGAACAGACCAUAGAAAAGGGAAAUUAGCCAAACAGCGAACAGACCAUAGAAAAGGGAAAUUAGCCAAACAGCGAACAGACCAUAGAAAAGGGAAAUUAGCCAAACAGCGAACAGACCAUAAAAAAACACGAUUAAAUAAAAAUAACACUUAGCUCAAUUUGUAGGAUGCGGUAGGGCAGCUGACGAAGGCUUCCUGCCGACGCCUUCGUUGUUUUGUUGCGUUCAUUUUUUUCAGGUUUUCUCAUACUUUCUUUCACUCAUUUCCUUUUUUGCUAACCUGAUACCAAUCCCCCCCUUUUUUUUGAGUACCAUAUUAUAUAACAAUACCAAGUGGUAUAAUAGACUUUCUAUGAGGUAGCAAUAUCAACUCAUAUCAUAGACCUUCUUUCACACCGACUGGUGAAGGCUUGAAAUGAGACGUUUUAGCUCUUAUAGGUUUGAAACAAACGGAACAAUUUCUUUACUUGAGUUGGGUUCAAUAUUUCCGCAGAAGACGAUAACACCAGAACGUUAAAUUAUUUCUUCUGAAACCUAAGAUAAUUCAUGACACCAGUUCAAGACCAGUUCAAGACACCAGUUCAAGACACCAGUUCAAGACACCAGUUCCAGACACCAGUUCCAGACACCAUUUCCAGACACCAGUUCCAGACAACAGUUCCAGAAUCCAGUUCCAGACACCAGUUCCAGACACCAGUUCCAGACACCAGUUCUAGACACCAGUUUCAGACACCAGUUUCAGACACCAGUUUCAGACACCAGUUUCAGACACCAGUUCUAGACACCAGUUCUAGACACCAGUUCUAGACACCAGUUCUAGACACCAGUUCUAGACACCAGUUCUAGACACCCGUUCCAGACACCCGUUCCAGACACCCGUUCCAGACACCCGUUCCAGACACCCGUUCCAGACACCCGUUCCAGACACCCGUUCCAGACACCCGUUCCAGACACCCGUUCCAGACACCCGUUCCAGACACCCGUUCCAGACACCCGUUCCAGACACCCGUUCCAGACACCCGUUCCAGACACCCGUUCCAGACACCCGUUCCAGACACCCGUUCCAGACAUUCGUUCCAGACACCCGUUCCAGACACCAUUUCCAGACACCAGUUCAUGACACCAGACCAAUCCAGGACACCAAUCCAGGACACCAAUGCAGGACACCAAUGCAGGACACCAAUCCAGGACACCAAUCCAGGACACCAAUCCAGGACACCAAUCCAGGACACCAAUCCAGGACACCAAUCCAGGACACCAAUCUAGGACAUCAAUAUGUUCUAAAGUUAUGAGAUGUACAAAGAAUUUCUUUUUAAAUUUAAAACGUUCGAUUACCUCACUGGUUAGUCCAGUGGUCGGCAAACUCAUUGGUCAAAAGAGCGAAAAAUCAGGAGCAGGACAAUAAAAUCUUUUUGAGAGCAACAUUUAUGUCAAGAACCUGUCAAUAACCAAGCUUUUCGGAGUCAAAACCGAUUUCUUGGCUAAAGAGCCACAUGCGGCUCCCGACCACUGGGUUAGACUGACGACCACUGGGUUAGACUGACGCUCUCUGCUAGACUUAUCUACUUCCUCGAGAAUGUCACAUAUGGCUUUGCUCUUUAGUACUGUGUAACUGCUUUCUUGUGUGACGUCAAUAGAACUAGGGCAUUUGUUACAUGGCUUGUGUAACUACUCUCUUGUGUUACGCAAAUAGAACCAGGGCAUUUGUUACAUGGCUUCUGUGACGGCUCUCUUGUGUGAUAUAAAUAUAAAUAGGGCAUUUGUUACAUAGCUUGUAUAACGGCUUUCUUGUGUAACCUAAAUAGAACUAAGGCAUUUGUUACAUAGCUUUAUUACUGCCCUCUUGUGUAACCAAAAUAGAACUAGGUCAUUUGUUACAAGGCUUAAGUGGGCGUCACUUUCAAUGAUUUAACUUUACUCUGACAGUCCAUAAAGAAAAUAGUUUGUUCCACAAACUUUUGCUAGUUUUAUGAAUGAAAGUCUACGCCAUUGCCAAUGUCAACUCUACGCCAUUUCCAGUGACAGCUCUACGCCAUUUCCAGUGACAGCUCUACGCCAUUUCCAGUGACAGCUCUACGCCAUUUCCAGUGACAGUUCUACGUCAUUACCAGUGAGAGCUCUACGUCAUUUCCAGUGACAGCUCUACGACAUUUCCAGUGACAGCUCUACGUCAUUUCCAGUGACAGCUCUACGUUAUUUCCAGUGACAGCUCUAUGUCAUUUCCAGUGACAGCUCUGUCAUUUCCAGUGGCAUCUCUACUUCAUUUCCUGUGACAGCUCUACGUCAUUUCCUGUGAAAGCUCUACGUCAUUUCCUGUGACAGCUCUACGUCAUUUCCUGUGACAGCUCUACGUCAUUUCCAGUGACAACACUACGUUAUUUCCAGUGACAGCUCUACGUCAUUUCCUGUGACAGCUCUGCACGCCAUUUCCAGUGUAAUUCAUUUUGAAUUUGUGCUUGCAUAAUUGGAUAGCCAAUCAGCACAAGAUCUGAACUUUCCCAACCAUCCCAGCAGUAAAAAUGGUUCAAUCGAUAUAACAUCAACAUUGUAUCUGUCCUCACUACUCAAAUAAAAAGUUGAUCGAUUGACAAUUACCUUGAACGUCUUGACUUCCUCUCCAGUAGCAUUUAAAUGUCUCUCCCGUAACAACACAGUAUACUUUCAGCUCAAAUUGACCGUUACAUUUAAAUGUUUCUCCCGUAACAACACAGAAUACAUUCAGCUCAAAUUCAUUGUCAUUGAAUGUUCCUCCCGUAGCAAAAUAACAUUCAUCUCAAACUGACAGUUACACUGAAUGACUCUUCCAUAACAACACAAAAUACAUUCAGCUCAAACUGACAGUUACACUGAAUGACUCUUCCAUAACAACACAAAAUACAUUCAGCUCAAACUGACAGUUACACUGAAUGACUCUUCCAUAACAACACAAAAUACAUUCAGCUCAAACUGACAGUUACACUGAAUGACUCUUCCAUAAAACACAAAAUACAUUCAACUCAAACUGACAGUUCCACUGAAUGACUCUUCCAUAACAACACAAAAUACAUUCAGCUCAAACUGACAGUUACACUGAAUGAAUCUUCCAUAAAAACACAAAAUACAUUCAGCUCAAACUGACAGUUACACUGAAUGACUCUUCCAUAACAACACAAAAUACAUUCACCUCAAACUGACAGUUACACUGAAUGACUCUUCCAUAACAACACAAAAUACAUUCAGCUCUAACCCAAACUCUAAUCCACUCUCUAACCCACUCUCUAAUCCACUCUCUAACCCAAUAUCUAACUCACUCUCUAACCCACUCUCUAGCCCACUCUCUAACCCACUCUCUAGCCCACUCUCUAACCCAAUACCUAACCCAAUAUCUAACCGAAUAUCUAACCCACUCUCUAACCAAUAUCUAACCCACUCUCUAACCCAAUAUCUAACCCACUCUCUAACCCAAUAUCUAACCCACUCUCUAAUCCAAUAUCUAACCCAAUAUCUAACCCAAUAUCUAACCCAAUAUCUAACCCACUCUCUAACUCACUCUCUAACCCACUCUCUAACCCACUCUCUAACCCAAUAUCUAACCCACUCUCAAAACCACUCUCUAACUCACUCUCUAACCCACUCUCUAACCCAAUAUCUAACCCACUCUCUAACCCAAUAUCUAACCCACUCUCUAACCCAAUAUCUCACCCACUCUCUAACCCACUCUCUAACCCACUCUCUAACCCAAUAUCUAACCCACUCUCUAACCCACUCUCUAUCCAAUAUCUAACCCAAUAUCUAACCCAAUAUCUAACCCAAUAUCUAACCCACUCUCUAACUCACUCUCUAACCCACUCUCUAACCCACUCUCUAACCCAAUAUCUAACCCACUCUCUAACCCACUCUCUAACCCACUCUCUAACCCACUCUCUAACCCAAUAUCUAACCCACUCUCUAACCCAAUAUCUAACCCACUCUCUAACCCAAUAUCUAACCCACUCUCUAACCCACUCUCUAACCCACUCUCUAACCCAAUAUCUAACCCACUCUCUAACCCACUCUCUAACCCACUCUCUAACCCAAUAUCUAACCCACUCUCUAACCCACUCUCUAACCCAAUAUCUAACCCAAUAUCUAACCCAAUAUCUAACCCAAUAUCUAACCCAAUAUCUAACCCACUCUCUAACCCAAUAUCUAACCCAAUAUCUAACCCAAUAUCUAACCCACUCUCUAACCCACUCUGUAACCCAAUAUCUAACCCACUCUCUAACCCGAUAUCUAACCCAAUAUCUAAACCAAUAUCUAUCCCACUCACUAAUCCACUCACCGACCCACUCACUAAGCAACACCUCUCAUGUAAUCAUUCAUGGAAUUCAGAUUCUCUCUCGAAUUGCUAAGUUCCUCACUCUUGUUGCUUUCGAAAACUAAUUGCAUUAGUGUAAACGUUGUUGCUGAUUAAGUAUUCUACUUUAAAAUAACACAACAUUGUGCAUAAAAGUACAAUCUUUCGCUAUAUACUUUGUUUUCUUUAAUGUAGCUAAGCUGGAAUUGAUGCGCCCUCGAUAUUUCAAGGUAUCCCGGCCAUUACCCAGCUCAGACCGCCCCCCCCCCCAACGCCUGCCUAUAUAUCACUUCAUCCCUCCGAUACAUAGUAUGGUGACUGUCUAUACUGCAUACUACCAAGAUAUAAAUAGGUUCUGUCUAUACAUCGCUACAUACUACCAAGGUAUAAAUGGGUUCUGACAAAAUAUCGCUGUAUACUACCAGGAUAUCAAUGGGUUCUGUCUAUAUAUCACUACUUCUGUCUAUACAUCGCUACAUACUAUACCAGGAUAUCAAUAGGUUCUGUCUAUAUAUCACUACAUACUACGAAUAAGUACCCAUUAUUCUAUAAGCCUACCCAUAGGUAUACAUUAUGUUUUCUGUUCUUACCUACGUAUUGCAAGAGUCAGUGCAACAUAUGGUGGGUACUCUAUGAUUGGGGAGUGGACUAGUACCCUAAGAUUGAGGAGUGGACUAGUACCCUAAGAUUGGGGAGUGGACUAGUACCCAAAGAUUGGGGAGUGGAUUAGUACCCUGAGAUUGGGGAGUGGACUAGUACCCUAAGAUUGAGGAGUGGACUAGUACCCUAAGAUUGGGGAGUGGACUAGUACCCAAAGAUUGGGGAGUGGAUUAGUACCCUGAGAUUGGGGAGUGGAUUAGUACCCUGAGAUUGGGGAGUGGACUAGUACCCUAAGAUUGGGGAGUGGACUAGUACCCUAAGAUUGGGGAGUGGACUAGUACCCUAAGAUUGGGGAGUGGACUAGUACCCUAAGAUUGGGGAGUGGACUAGUACCCUAAGAUUGGGGAGUGGACUAGUACCCUAAGAUUGGGGAGUGGACUAGUACCCUAAGAUUGGGGAGUGGACUAGUACCCUAAGAUUGGGGAGUGGACUAGUACCCUAAUUUGCAGCACUAACUCUACCAUUACGUGUAUUACGUUAUAGGUGGGACGCUAGUAAUGAUUGGCAUACAGCUUCACCUAAGAGUUUUUUCAAAAACUGUUUUAUCAUAUUAACCAGGUGUGCUCACGUGUAACAAGAAUGUGUAUAGGAUUAUAUUUAACGCAGCACUCUGCUCUUGCCUUUAGAUUGGACUUCGAUUUCUGGGAUUUUCAGUUUUGAAGCUGUUGCAUUAAAAAAAUUUCAAAAUAUAUAACUACUUUGUUAAAAAAAAAAAAUUGUUAUCAAAUGUAGACUGCUAUCUAAAGGAAAGGUACCGAUAUGAUCAUUUCUUAAUCAUUAUAAAAUCACACAAUGUUAUUGAUCAAGAGAUUGCGAAAUGUUUGGAAAUCAAUGGAAAUGGGCGUGCUUUGUAAGUUUACAAUGCUUAAAAUAUAUUUUUUUACAGCUCGUCCCAGGUGAUAUCGACCAAACGAUCAAUACGAGGAGAUAACCGACUCAGGGGAGAUAAGCUACUUACGAUGUGAAAAUCCCCCACCCCCCUGCGUCCCACCGCUGUUGACCCCCAACCAAAGACUCCGGGAGUCUGUCGGGCAGUUGCAUGGGUGGUUGUGUGACCAAGUCCUCCUUCACUGUCAACAAGGCCAAGGACAUCAAAGCUUCACGGUGAGUUUAUUUCAGAGAAUGGACCUGACUCGAUGAGCAUUUCCGUAGCACAUUAAGUCUUAGUGUAAAGAUCAACACUUCGUGUCAAGGUUUAGGCAGGGUUGUUAACAAUACUAAAAAAAAUUAUUGGCAAUACCAAUACCAAUACAAUUUUAAAACCAGUAUUGCCUUACCAAUACCAAUAUUUGGGUCAUUCGACGAAUAAAACGCAAAUACGUAAUUCAUCGCUCUAUAUCACUUACAUCGAUAAACGAUAACAACAUUUUUGGCUAAUUUAGACAAUGUAUUUUUAACCAAAUGUUGUUCAAUAGUUAACACUUGCUUCAUCAGUUUUCCUCAAAGCAUUCAAAAGUCUUUGACAACAUAUUAAAUAAGUCGGCAUACCUUAACGUCCUUAAGCAACAAGAUUUUUAAUAUGUAUACUGUACACAUAUUGUGAAUGAAUGAAUGGAUGGAUGGAUGAAUGAAUGGAUGAAUGAAGCAAAUGACUGUCAUAGAAAAGCAAAUGAUACAUAAACGGUUAAACAUCAUACUAUAGUAAAAACAGUCAGACCGAGUCAGUGGAUUGCAUCACAUCUGGAAAACUAACGAUGAACGAUGAAUUUUAGUAGAGUUCACAGGGUAACGCCACCUAUUUGGCCGUUACCACUUAGCCAGGCGAAGAAAAGUAACCAUUUCAAAAUGCGCACUGCUCAGUCGUGAACGAAGAGGGGAAAAUACUCGUCCUCCUAAUGAAAACAACCUUUCAACAGCAGCGCUUGAAGGAAGUCCUGUAUUCAGGUCUAUGUAUAUUUUACGGAUAUGUGGAUAGGCAUCCAAUGAUGCAAUACUGUCUGAAGUGUCUGCCAAGUAAUUAUUAAUUUCUUGAUUCACAUCAGGUGAAUCAUUCACACGAUGUCGUCUGGCUGACAAUCCAGCGAAGAAGUCUGGCUGAUUAUCUGUACCAUCAGCAGCAGCCGACGUUGCUUUCUGAUCAUCAGUAGGAGCAACCAACAGUGAUUGUGAAACGCGUCUCUUGAUUUGAUUUCUAUUAUCAUUCAUUUCAUUGAUCAGUCUCAUUCAAAAAUUGUUUGGCAAUGUCACUCGCAAGAUGGCGACACCAAAGAAAAAUUUAUUAUAUUCAGCUUUAUUCACAACCAAUGUUGUAGAGAAUUUAUUGAAUAUUGCUUUUAGUAUUGGUUAAAAAUCAAUACCAAUAUCAAACAUAAUUAUUGGCAAUACCAAUACCAAUAUCAAAUUUCAAGAAGUAUUGCAAUAUCGUCCCAAUACUUAAAAAAGUAUUGGCAAUACUACCAAUACCAAUACAAUAUUGCAAUAUUAACAACCCUGGGUUUAGGAAUUGAAUGUUGACGUGCUAUUUCUUUCGGAUUGGAUUUUUAAAAUAAAUAACAACAUGCGGUGUAGGGUGAGGUUACUUACCACUUAUUUUUCCAGGUGAAAUCAGGUGCAAAAAAUAAUGAUUAGAAAUAAUUAUGAUCAUACAGGCAUUAAUUUAUAGGCGGGUCAUUCUAUAACCACGGCAGGAAAUGGUCAGUCGUUAUUAAAUAAUGGAUAACCAUUUCCUGCCGUGGUUAUAGAAAUACCUCUCCAUUUGAUUAGCCUAUAAUUAUUCCUACUUAAAUUAUGCCAUUAUUUUUUUUCACCCUGCUUACAAAAUUUGAUUAAGAUCAAAGUGCAAUUUCUUUUGCCGUCUGGCCAAACUCUAAUGAGACGCCCAUGACAUCUCGCUUCGUGUCUGGCCAAACUCUAAUGAGACGCCCAUGACAUCUCGCUUCGUGUCUGGCCAAACUUGAAUGAGACGCCCAUGACAUCUCGCUUCGUGUCUGGCCAAACUCUAAUGAGACGCCCAUGACAUCUCGCUUCGUGUCUGGCCAAAGACGGGAAGAUUGGUAGAGUCAGUGAGAGAGACACAAGCCCAAGAGACAUGCAAGGAAAGACUUUGAAGGGAUUCAACCAGCCUCGUCUAGGAGUGGCCUACAUCUGGGGAUCCCCCCCCAACCGCCCUUUUUGAAGGGAUUCAAUGAGCUCCAGUAGGCCUUUAGGACAUGACUUUAGAUCAUGAUUUUAGGACGUGACUUUAGAUCAUGACUUUAGUACAUGACUUAAGUUCAUGACUUUGAAGCUCUUAUCAUUACCGUAACAAAACUUGGUUUAAUUUUAUCCAGUUUUUUUGGAGCUUCAACCUCUGUUGAAUUAGUACUGUGAUUAAAUCUAUGAAACGUAUUGAAGUGGUCUACAUAUAUCUCUUUCAUAACUACUACAUAUCUCUUACACAUCUCUUACACAUCUCUUACACAUCUCUUACACAUCUACUCCAUCUCUCUUACACAUCUCUUACACAUCUACUCCAUAUCUCUUACACAUCUCUUCUUGUAGUUCCAAAAAUGGACACGUUUUAACUAAGCAGAGUUAAUAUUAUUUUUUGUUUAAGUCGCUAUUUCUGUACCGGUAAAGCAAUUGUUAAAAUUAGGCAUUUUCCACCUUCAUUGGAACAAAACUGGAGGUAGUAAGACACCCAUGACCCAGAAACGUUUGAUAAUACCUGCACUAUGGAUAGCAUUGAUAAUCCACACUAUGGAUAGCAUUCAUGAUCCACACCAUUGAUAGCAUUCAUAAUCCACACUAUGGAUAGCAUUCAUUAUCCACACUAUGGAUAGCAUUCAUAAUCCGCACUAUGGAUAGCAUUCAUUAUCCACACUAUGGAUAGCAUUCAUUAUCCACACUAUGGAUAGCAUUCAUGAUCCACACUAUGGAUAGCAUUCAAAAUCCACACUAUGGAUAGCAUUCAUGAUCCACACUAUGGAUAGCAUUCAUGAUCCACACUAUUUCCGCAUUCAGCUAUUCCUGUCGGUUUAUUUUAGCAUUCAGCCAUUUCUGUCGGGUUCUCUCAGCAUUCAACCAUUUCUGUUGAGUUCUUUCAGCAUUCAGCCAUUUUUUGUUGGUUUCUUUCAGCAUUCAACCAUUUCUGUCGGUUUCUCUCAGCAUUCAGCCAUUUUUUGUUGGUUUCUUUCAGCAUUCAGCCAUUUUUUGUUGGUUUCUUUCAGCAUUCAGCCAUUUCUGUUGAGUUCUUUCAGCAUUCAGCCAUUUCUGUCGGUUUCUUUCAGCAUUCAGCCAUUUUUGUUGGUUUCUCUCAGCAUUCAACCAUUUCUGUUGAGUUCUUUCCGCAUUCAGCCAUUUCUGUUGGUUUCUCUCAGCAUUCAGCCAUUUCUGUCGGUUUCUCUCAGCAUUCAACCAUUUCUUUUGAGUUCUUUCAGCAUUCAGCCAUUUCUGUCGGUUUCUCUCAGCAUUCAGCCAUUUCUGUUGGUUUCUCUCAGCAUUCAACCAUUUCUUUUGAGUUCUUUCAGCAUUCAGCCAUUUCUGUUGGUUUCUCUCAGCAUUCAACCAUUUCUUUUGAGUUCUUUCAGCAUUCAGCCAUUUCUGUCGGUUUCUCUCAGCAUUCAGCCAUUUCUGUCGGUUUCUCUCAGCAUUCAGCCAUUUUUGUUGGUUUCUUUCAGCAUUCUGCCAUUUUUGUUGGUUUCUUUCAGCAUUCAGCCAUUUUUUGUUGGUUUCUUUCAGCAUUCAGCCAUUUCUGUUGAGUUCUUUCAGCAUUCAGCCAUUUUUGUUGGUUUCUUUCAGCAUUCAGCCAUUUUUUGUUGGUUUCUUUCAGCAUUCAGCCAUUUCUGUUGAGUUCUUUCAGCAUUCAGCCAUUUCUGUCGGUUUCUCUCAGCCUUCAACCAUUUCUGUUGAGUUCUUUCAGCAUUCAGCCAUUUCUGUUGAGUUCUUUCAGCAUUCAGCCAUUUCUGUCGGUUUCUCUCAGCAUUCAGCCAUUUUUUGUUGGUUUCUUUCAGCAUUCAGCCAUUUCUGUUGAGUUCUUUCAGCAUUCUGCCAUUUCUGUCGGUUUCUCUCAGCAUUCAACCAUUUCUGUUGAGUUCUUUCAGCAUUCAACCAUUACUGUUGAGUUCUUUCAGCAUUCAGCCAUUUCUGUCGGUUUCUCUCAGCAUUCAGCCAUUUUUUGUUGGUUUCUUUCAGCAUUCAGCCAUUUCUGUUCAGUAAAACAGAUGCCGAGCAGGUGCUGAUAGGCUCAGACGAAGGAGAUUAUCUUCUCUACCUGGACCAUGAAAGUGGGAAAAUUGUGCUUUCUGUGAGGUAUGAUUAAAUGCAAGGCCUAUUUAUUACAAAAUACAAGAGCUAUUUAUGAAAAACUGCAAGACCUAUUUAUUGAAACAUGGCAAGGCCUAUUUAUGGAAACACGGCUAGGCCUAUUUAUUAAAAAACGGCCAGGCCUAUUUAUUAAAAAACGGCCAGGCCUAUUUAUUAAAAAACGGCCAGGCCUAUUUAUUAAAAAACGGCCAGGCCUAUUUAUUAAAAAACGGCCAGGCGUAUUUAUUAAAAAACGGCCAGGCCUAUUUAUUAAAAAACGGCCAGGCCUAUUUAUUAAAAAACGGCCAGGCCUAUUUAUUAAAAAACGGCCAGGCCUAUUUAUUAAAAAACUGCAAGGCCUAUUUAUUAAAAAACUGCAAGGCCUAUUUAUUAAAAAACUGCAAGGCCUAUUUACAGCAGACUUUAUAUCCUACUUCCAAGUUCAUGCUUUUAAAUCGCUGACCAACAUUUACUCCAUUUGAAAUAAAAAUUUACAUUUCAAAAUUCAACUUAUAGGCAAAUCUUUAGACUUUGAGUGUUAAUGAAUAUUUAAAUUUUAUACCUUUUGGAUUAGACUUUGGACACAGGAUAAAAUGUUCCUAUUUGCUCUAUAUCAAUCCUCCUUUCGAAUUUUUAAAGAAUGAAGAGUUACAUAAGACACUACCGCAUCACGGAGCUCAAUGGUUUGUUCUACCUGGAGGGACAGCCUUACGCUUACAUGGACUCCAUAGUCCUUUACCAUCGGAAGUACAAGCUUAAUGGCGCCAAGUUAAACAAACAGGUAACUAGGGAGACAAAUUUCAAUGUCUUAUGAAGACAUGGCCAACAGGUAACUAGAGAGACAUUUCAAUGUCUUAUGAAGACAUGGCCAACAGGUAACUAGAGAGACAUUUCAAUGUCUUAUGAAGACAUGGCCAACAGGUAACUAGGGAGACAUUUCAAUGUCUUAUGAAAACAUGGCCAACAGGUAACUAGGGAGACAUCAUGGCAAACCGGUAACUAGGGAGACAUUUCAAUGUCUUAUGAAGACAAGGCCAACAGGUAACUAGGGAGACAUUUCAAUGUCUUAUGAAAACAUAACCAACAGGUAACUAGGGAGGCAUUCAAAGUUACAGCCCAAUAAAAGUAAAAAUGAAAGCCUGCAUUAAAAUAUUGUAUUAUUUGUUUAGUAUAUCUUUGACAAUUGAUAUGUUUUAAAACAUUUAAUAAGUUAAAAACCCCGAGCCAUCUAAGGUAUAAACCUCAGCCAUCUAAGGUAUAAACCUCGUUGCCAUCUAAGGCAUAAACCUCAGCCAUCUAAGUCAUAAACCUCAGCCAUCUAAGGUAUAAACCUCGUUGGCCAUCUAAGGCAUAAAGCCUCCAGCCAUUUAAGGCAUAAACCUUUAGACAUCUAAAGCAUACACUUCUAGCUAUCUAAGGCAUAAUAAAUGAUGGAGCACAUUCAAGUUGUGUAAAUUAAAUACAAGAACAAGGCAUGUUAAACUUAAAUUCCUGAGAGGACAAAAGAUUUUGACGUUUCUUCGUAGAGCCUUCAUCAGAAAACAAGACAAAAAGAAGUUUAACAAGUAUCAGAUCACAGCAAAAAAAACUUUCAAAAUUGGAAAGUAGGAUUACAGGAAGUGAAAGAAUAUAAAUAUUGUUACUGUGAAAAAUAAGGGAGAGAAUCUUAAAGGACCAAAAUAUUUAAGGAUACAUAAAAUCUAAGGAAUAAGAAAAAAUGCAGAAAUACAGGGAAAUUGAGAAACAUUAGUUAGAGAGUAUUUGAUUCAUACCAUGUGGAGAUAUGGUACCAAAAAGAUGAAUAAAUUUGUUUUCCAUUUUCACUCUCUCUGAUGUAUUUGUGCACGAAAUUAGUGCCUUAAUGGAUACAUCUAAUGCGCCUUUAUGUUGCCCUCUGUUGAAGUGUGACGAGACUGGGGAAAGUUUACCUUGUUCAAUAUCCCAAAGAUGCUCCGUGAACCUAUCUGCCAAUCUUCUCCCUGUUUUGCCUAUAUAACUAGAAUGACAUCUACGGCACACCAUCACAUAAUAUAUCACAUUCUGACUAACGCAUGUGAAACCCUCUUUGAUGGUAAAGGUUUCUCUAGGGAGGCGAAUGUUUUUUUGUUUAAAUUGUAUAGGGACACAUUCUAAAUCGAGCAUGGUUUAGUCCCAAUGUAAGUCGGGUCAGCUUAAAGGCGACAGUGAACCAGAAGGUCACCUAGAUUGUUAUCCCGUCUGAAGACAAUCAAUGGAGGGGAUGAGAAUACCUUGGUAGUGUCGGGGUCAGCAAGACAUAAGAGAUACACAAAAGACAUAUGAGAUACACACAAUGACCUGGUCUUUGGAGAGCAGAUCAAACUCUGACAUUAAAUCAUUCAAGUCCAUAGAAAUAUAAGUGAGGCAAGCACUGCAAUGGCAUACUGUAAUGUUUAAAAAAGUAAUUAAAAAGAAAAAAAUAUCAAACAAAAAAACAAUUCAGGUCUACAAAGAGUUAUUAGGCAAAAAGUCUUUAAUCAGACAAUUUACACCCCCCCCCCCCCCAUUUCCACCCCACAUUAUUAUCCUUGCUGUGCAAAAUUUGUGUUUAAAGUUUAAUUUUCAUUGAAUGUUCAGGCCCACUUGAGUGCAAGAGUCGUCCAGACAUUCGCCCAUAGGGUUGCCAAGGCCAAUGGAAACCUUCAUGGAUACACACACAAGGACAGUCCACGGGCAGAGUCCCCAGGCAGUCAUCUCUUCCCGUCUGCCAGGUCCAGUGGGAAACAUUCUCGCGCCAAUUCGUACACAUCUCUACUGACAUCCUCCUCAGACUCCACCAGCAAACAACAGCAACGUCUCUGAAAGUUGCUGCAGUUUCAAUUCAGUUAUUUUUUGUUAAAUUCCUAAUCAAUAAUGAACAAUACAUCCUUGUUAAAUUUACUUUCUUAAACAUAAAUCUUAAAUGUUCACAUUUGUAAACUGACACAUUUUUAAGCUUCCAUCUUUAUCAUUUUAGCGAAAAUAACUUGUGUGUGGCAGUGUUUAGGUUGUAUGUUGAUCUUGUAUGUUGGUCUUGUUGUAUGGUUGUCUUUUUGUAUGUUGUUCUUGUGGUAUGUUGUUCUUGUGUUAUGUUGUUCUUGUUGUUUAUUGGACUUGUUGUACGUUGGACUUGUAUGUUGGUCUUGUUUGUUGACUUGUUGUAUGUUGGUCUUGUAUGUUGGUCUUGUUGUAUGUUGGUCUUGUAUGUUCCUCUUAGUUUAUGAUGCACCAAUUGGAUUUGAACACUUUUCAACAAAACUCAGUGAGCGUAAAGACUAGUUUCUGUAAUGAAUGCAUUAACUCAAUGAUAAUGCCAGAUAGUCCUACUUAAUAAUUCAGUAAGGCUGUUUGGCUUCACCAUUGACAAUAAAACCUUUUGUUGGGAAUAUUUUGCCAUAGGCUAUAGAUGGGCCUAAAAAAAAAUUUGUCUGGAAUAUUUUGGCCAUAGCCGUAUAGAUGUGCCUACAUAUCUUUUAGGACCUUAAAUAUAAAAUUCUGGUGGCAGUAAGAGCAAAAAAUGUUUGAAUCUAGGGCCCUGAAUUUAGGGUGCACUAAGAAACCUCAAUUGGUGCAUAGACUAACUAUCCCUUUUUUUUGGUAAGAAAUGCAAUAUUGAAAUUUAUGUCUCUUUGUCACGUUGUCACUUUGCAACAUUUAAUGGAAAAGAAUAAAAAUAUAUGAUAGUAAGAAAAAUAGUAACAGAAGCAAGAUUUGGAUGAGGAGGGGGCAGGAGGGCUCAAAGAUGUUUGACAUGACAGGACAGUUGAUGAAACAUCAGUGUCUUUUAAAAUAUUAAUUUGUUAACUUUUUGUUCUCAUCCCACAACUUCACAUCCAUUUAUUUAUAGCUACAUCCAUUUAUUUAUAGCUACAUCCAAUUAUUUAUAGCCAUUGCUGGCUGGCCAGUUUAUCAACGUCUCAUUCAUAAAAAUAAGUAAUUUCCCGUUUAAGAUAAAAAGUUGAGGGUGUCGAAUGAAUGCAGAAUUAGAAUUAUACUGAAUUUUUAGUACCAAAAAAAUAUGCAAUUAUUCUGUUGAAAAGAUGCUCUUGUUUUAAUACUGACACUGAAACUGGUUUUCUUUUAGCUGCUAAUACUUAACACUUUUCUGAACAAAUAAACAUGUCAUUUAUAGUUUCUUUUUUGCAAUGAUUUUUAUGAAUGGAAUUUCUGGAUAUAAAACAAUCUAUCCAGAAGUUCCGUUCAUAAAAAAACAUUGUAUCCCAAAGAAAUGUAAUGUUAAAACCAGCCUGGAAGUCUGACUGUUUGGAUGUGAUUGAGAUGAAUUGUUUGUUUGUUUUUCCACUUCUGUAAACAAAAAUUCAAAUGUUUCAUUGCUAUAGAUAAAAAAAAAUAUUUAAAAAAAUAUAUAUAUAUUUCAACCAGAAAACUUUAUUUGUGAUAAAUUUUGACAAAAGCAUUUAGACAUGUAUUGAUUGAUGCAAAGAAGUUGUGAUAAAAAGGAACAUUUAAUUUUUUGUGUGUUUCUUUUCUAUCUGUGAUGAUAAACUGUAUAAAUUAAUUGGAAAACAAAAAUACAUCUUAUAAAUAUUGCAAUUAUUCUUGUAUUUAUAAUUCCUACACACGAUUCAGCAGUUUGUGAAUAAAUUAUAUGGCAUUUUUUGCAUGAAUAGUUCUUGUAUUUUUUUUCCCCACAGUUGCAUUAACAGGUGUAGAAAUAGAAAAAUAUCUGCUUGUAGCAAAGACUUAUCAUGCCUUUUGUUACCCAUAAAGCAUCUUCAACAAAAUUAAUUUGAAAUUAGAAAUCAUGAUAUAUCUUUUCUUACUUGUAAAAAAAAAUAAAAAAUGUAUUUUCCUAAAUUUAAUAAAAAUCAAAUCAUUAUUUGACAGUAACAAUGAAGUUUCACUGAAAUAUUAAGCAUGCAUAAAUAAUAAAAAUACAAUGAUCAAAAGUAUAAACGAUUAAAUCUAUCGCCUAAUUUAUUAUUCUUUUAGUAUUGAUAAAAACCUAAUCUCAUUUCCGACUACAUGUAGUACAAUGGACUAAAUGUUAUACACUUAUCUCAUUCAUUAUCUUUUAAAAUAUUUACACCUGAUAUCUUUCCUUAACUUAAAGAUGUUAAUAUUUUUGGUAUUUGAAACAUAACACUGACUAAACCUAACUUGUGCAGAAAAUAGGCCUACACUUGCAGCACUUUGUGAGCACUUUAUUUAAGCAUUUAUAUACAUUUCUUAUUUCUAAAAAAUCAUUAGUUAUCAAGUUCAAAUUUAUACAGCUUAUAAAUGCAUAGAACAGAGUCCAUUUUAAUUUAAGUCAACAACCUUCAUUCAACUAUCUUCAUUCAAAUACCUUAAUUCAACUAGCUUCGUUUCAAAAUUGAGUAUGUUUUUCUCAGUGAGAUUCCAAAUUAUUUGUAUUCAAGAGCAUUUUGUUUGACUCUGUUUUCAUGAGUGUAAAUAAAUAAUGAAUUUGUUGAAAACAAUUAAGAUUAAAUAACUCUCUUGAUAUUGCGAAGAUGGGGAAAAAAACGAAUGAUAAAAGAUAAAAUUAGAAAGAUAGUGAAUCAAGACGUAAGAAGAUUAUGUUCAAUGGGAAUGUCUUUAACACUGGGAUUUAGGCUAAUAAGAGGUAAAUAGUUCAACCAUUUCUAACAGUUACAUUAUCAUAAGUUCACGACAAAAUAUCAUAUUUAGCAUUUAUUUACAAGUGAUUGUUUACAGAUUUAUUUCCUAAAAUCACACAAGUGUCAAUUAUUGUAACAAUGAAAUACACAUUUUGAUUUAUAAACAUACAACACAAGAAAUAACACAAGUAUAACUCAAGA